AUGGACGAGCCACAGGCCAUGGACACUGACAUAGCCUCGCCGCCCGUCCGAGCCUCCUCGCCAUCACCCGAUGUGCCCGCCACGCCGGCCAUCUCUUCAUACUCCUCCCCGGACCGCACGUUCUCCUCCGUCUCCUCUCACUCGGCUUCCUCUGCGACUUCCGCCGACGCUCGCUCCUCCAUCUCGACUUCCUCUCGCCGCCAUGGAUAUAUUCGCGCCUUUGGAGCGGAGUUCUCGAGUUCGGCGCGGCACCGCGAUAGCGUCAUGAGUUUGGGCAGCAUUGCCCACCUACAGUACUACUUUGCCCGCACGGGCCUGUUGGAUGGGAAAACCGGCCGCGGCAAAGAAUUUAAGAAAAGGAACAAGGACAAUGUGCCUCGAGUCCUGAUAACCCCGAACGAACGGCAUAUAGACGACAUGAUGACCAGCCCGACGGAUAUGACCGACCCCGCAGAAGAGGAGGACCUCGAUCUCGAGGACGAGGAGGGCGAGGUGAUGCUGCCCCCUACUGUUAGCACCUACAGCAUUAAAACACACCACGUCCCACCUCCCCCAGAUUUGAUUUCCCUGCGCCGAGACCUGCAGGUCGCGCUGGACCGGGCCGAAAGUAACAUCGAGGCUAUCGAGAAUGGUGUCGAACCCCCACCCCGCGAACCCAUCCGCACCAGUCUUUCGCCUGGGGAUGUUCCUGAAUCUCUUGAAGACGACCCCUCUCAAAAAGCGCCGACCCCACAGACCAAGGAAGAAGCGCAGGGCAUGUGCAUUCUCGAUGAUGUGACCAUGGCGAUCCGCGCCGCAAAGAUCUACUAUACCGCCCACCCCCACCCCGAACGCUUAGGAUCCAUCAAGAGUGAGCGAGAGAUUCGCAAAGAUCUUUUCCAUGUCCUCGACGUGCUCAAACGCUGGGCCGCGCGGCAUUUCGCCAGUGGUCUCCGGGACGAAGAACGGGACGUGAUCAAUGGGUGGAUCCAGGGGGUUCGGACGAUGCUGGUACGCGAGAAGGCGCUGGAAGACUUGGAGGCCCAGGAGCGCGAGAAUUGGGACUGGGCUCGAGGUGACUGGACCGGGCGGGAACGAGCCCGCGAAGAGUCCUUCUUGCGAAGCCUCAUGCCCGGCGGACACGCAUUGCCCGAGUGGACCGCCAUUGACGACACCCCGCUAGACGUUCUCCCGACUCCGUUCCUCGCGCGCUUCCGGGACGGCCGCAUCCUCGUACAGUUGCACAACAUCGCGGUGAAGAAGUCCAAACGCCAUUUCGGUGAGAUCAAGGCCUUCCAUCAAGACAUUGCGAAGCCAUAUCGGCAAGCGGAGAACCUGCGGUUCUGGAUCAAAGCGGCCGAGCUCCGGUGGGAGCUGCGGCGGGAGGUGGACGUCAUGGGGGUAGUACAGGGCAGCAGUGAGGUAGCAUGGAGGCAAUUCGAUGCGGCAAUGCUGGCCUGGUGCAAGACAGUUCGCGAGGAACUCGUGCGCGAUUGGAUGGAGGCGAAUCCGGGUCGGCCUCCGAGCGCUGGUUUGAUUUGA